AUGAGCGACUCCGGGGAGCAAGAGAUGAUUGACUCCCUUGGUACUGCACCUGAACAAGAUGUAGAAUCUGAUGAGGAGGAAGAGGAGAUAACCAUUGACUGGGCUCCUCGAUUGCGACGCGACAAACAAAAGCCUUCCAGUGACCUAAGUCAUUUCGUGCCCAAUGGCCAAAUUGCAAUCAAUGCUGCUAAUGUUCGAAGAUUCAACGAUAAAUUUGUCAUGAACGUUUUACAGAGACUCGAAGUCGAAGAUCUUACUGCUGCAUUUUUGAGAAGCGUUCCCGAUGUUGUCAAGUCUGUGCUAGGCGCAGAUAACUUUUCACCAACCGAUCUUCUAUAUCUUCCGCUUGUUGACGGUAGCUUCAAGCUAUGGGGAGUGUAUAUCGAUAUCGCAAUGCGAGUCGAUACGGAUGAGGUCACCGGUAUCUAUGUUGAAUCCAGUGUUGCAUAA